GUGUGCUAUCUGCGUGUCGGUGCACUGAGAGCAGACAGAAGGGUUUCGUCUCUCUGUGUCCGUGGGAGCAGCGAUCCCGUGGGAUUUUGCAGACUUCCCUGCUGGCUAGUCCGAAGAGCCCGUGUGCACAGAGUUCUGACCAUGGGCAGCGCGUCGACCAACAUGCGUCUGAAACUGCCCCUACUCUGCCUGCUGCAAGAAAUCCUGCUCAUCAUCCUCUUCGCUGUGUUUGUCCGUUACGAUGGUGACACCGACCCCAGGGAGUGGUUCAGACGGAAGACACAGGACAACAUCACCGACAGCGACAAUGCUUUCUACUUUAGGUAUCCCAGUUUCCAGGAUGUCCACGUGAUGAUCUUUGUGGGAUUUGGCUUCCUGAUGACCUUCCUGAAGAAGUAUGGUUUCGGCAGUGUGGGCUUCAACUUCCUGCUGGCCUCGUUCUCUCUGCAGUGGGCAACGCUGGUCCAGGGCUGGCUACAUAACAUGGGCAAGGAUGGCAAGAUCCACGUUGGCAUAGAGAGCAUGAUCAAUGCCGACUUCUGCACCGGCUCUGUCCUGAUCUCGUUCGGAGCUCUGCUGGGGAAGACCAGCCCUGCCCAGUUACUGAUCAUGACCAUGUUCGAGUCUGCCCUGUUCUCCAUCAAUGAGUACAUCCUGCUUUCAGUGUUACAGAUUAAAGAUGCCGGGGGCUCGAUGACCAUCCACACCUUUGGGGCGUACUUUGGGCUGACCGUCGCCCGGGUGCUGUACCGGCCUCAGCUGGACAAGAGCCGAGAGCGGGAGGGUUCUGUCUACCACUCGGACAUCUUCGCCAUGAUCGGAACCCUUUACCUUUGGAUGUUCUGGCCCAGUUUCAACUCAGCUGUGACCAAUCUUGGCAGUGCCCAGCAUCGAACCGCUCUCAACACCUACUACUCCCUGGCCGCCUGCACCCUUGCCACCUUCGCCAUUUCCAGUCUGGUUAACAAGGAGGGCAAGUUGGACAUGGUGCACAUCCAGAACGCGGCGCUGGCCGGUGGCGUGGCCUUGGGUACGGCCGGGGAAAUGGCCAUCAUGCCUUACGGCGCGAUGAUCGUGGGCUUCAUCGCUGGGAUCAUCUCGACGCUGGGCUUCAAGUUUCUGACGCCGAUACUGGAUUCCAAGCUGAAAGUGCAGGACACGUGUGGCGUGCACAACCUGCACGGGAUGCCGGGGAUUCUGGGAGCCGCCGUGGGAGCCAUUAUGGCUUCAUUGGCAUCAAAGGAGACCUAUGGAGAUGGACUGCAGGAUGUGUUCCCCUUGCUGGAGGAUCAGAGAUCAGCAAACCAGCAAGGUGUCUUCCAGAUCCUCGGCUUGGCUGUUACCCUGGGCUUCGGUUUGAUCGGAGGCCUCAUCGUAGGAUUCCUCAUGAAGCUGCCAGUGUGGGGAGAGCCAGCUGAUACUCAGUGUUUCACAGACCAACCCUACUGGGAGGUCCCGGAGGAUGACUGGGGCCACGGUGAGUUAGUCCCUGUGAAGAUCGAAGAGACGGAAAAGAACACAUGAAGGGGUUACGUCCCUGGGGAGGGAAGGACAGAGGAAGGGAACUGCCACUUGUGUUGGGGGGGGACAAUCAGAAAGAGUCUACCUGCGACAGUUCCCAUGGUUAAAAAAAUAGACAGUAACAUUUUAAUGUUCUUCCAAGAAAACCGUUUUUUUUAAAUACUCAAGGUGUAUUUACUCUGAGAUCCUGCUGUGGUCUACAUGUAUUACAGUAAUGUUUUACGUUAAUAAAUCCAAGUGAUUUAGUGUUCUAUA